UUCAGCCGAAGUUCCGUUCGUGGUCGGUCGUGGGACCUGUUUUGCGACGCAUCGUGUUGUUUUUAGCGACAUGGACAUAAAGUGACUGUAAGGCAACUCAAGACGAAGACAUUCGGUUAGCUAGCGAGCUACCUGGGAGCGCACAAUUAAGCCGAAGUAGAAAGAAAUGUGUAAAUUGUGUAAUUAUCCAGGAUCGCCAAAUCCCCUCACACUACGGAUGACACCAGCAACAACAUCCAUGUUAUUGACUGCUGCAAGAGCCCAGAGCUUCGGGACCUCACAUAAUAGAAUGGGUGUUCAUUUUAACUGACGAUUUAGUAAUACCCUUUGUCGUUCGUGGGCGAAUAAUGUCCAACAACGAUAGUUAAAGGUUUUAAACACUAUUCUAGCUAGCCAUCUACAUUGACCAUUACGUUAGCUAGCUUAGCUAGCCAGUUGUUUACGCAUUAAAAUGGCUGCUGAGAAAUUCUUCACAAAAGCUGAAUGAACAUUUUUAAUAUGCUGUGAACGGUGUAGUGGUGCUGUGCAUUGGACGUAGCCAGUGAACGUUUAAACUAUGUGUCGGUUUCAACGUUUUUACGGUGUCGUGCGCUUUGGGGAAUUUUCCACACCUAACUGCAGGAGGUAGCUAGCCAGCUAGCAAGCAUAGCUAACGUAGGAAAGUCCUUCCCUUGUUCGAACAACAAUGAGACAAGAGCAAACCAGCUGAGAUGAUUUUAUUUAGAUAACCUAGCUGUACAUAUGAUGGAUUUUACGGACACUUGUUUUUUUGCCAGGACCUAAGCUUUUAAAUUUCGGAGGACUAGGGUUUAUGUACAAGCUAGCUAUCCAGCUAGCAAACCUAGCUAGCCAUGUCAUUCACAGAAUAGUCUUGGUUCCUGAAUGGAUUCCCCCGACUAAUUGAAACAAUCUGGGUACCACAAAACUAGGGACAAAACUCAUCGGACGGCCCGCGUUAUAAUUAGCGAAAUGGAUGCUACAGAAAUGUUAAGGACUGGGCUGUUUCUUCUCAGGAAGAGCCCUUUCCCCUGCUUUCGGCUGCAGGGAUUUAAAAGAUAUGUGUUGCUUUGUGCAAUGUUCUACCUUGUGCUCGUCACGGACGCUUCUCCUAAAACGUGUGACAAAAACUGUCUGUCUGGGAAAUGUGUCAACGGAUCCUGCGUCUGUGAUCGAGGUUGGGUUGGGGACCAGUGUCAGCACUGUCAGGGAAGGUUUAAGUUGACCGAGCCAUCGGGGUACCUAACAGAUGGCCCCAUCAACUACAAGUACAAAACCAAGUGCACCUGGCUGAUUGAGGGCUAUCCUAACGCUGUCCUGAGAUUACGCUUUAACCACUUUGCGACCGAAUGUAGCUGGGACCACAUGUAUGUCUAUGAUGGGGACUCAAUUUAUGCUCCUUUGGUAGCUGUGUUCAGUGGUCUCAUCGUCCCAGAGGUUCCUGGGAACGAGACCGUCCCUGAAGUGGAAACCAACUCUGGCUAUGCACUCCUGCACUUUUUCAGUGAUGCCGCCUACAACCUGACCGGAUUUGAGAUCUUCUUCUCGAUAAACUCAUGUCCAAAUAAUUGCUCGGGUCAUGGGAAGUGCACCACGUCAAACUCCAUAGCGAGCCGCGUUUACUGCGAGUGUGACAAAUACUGGAAGGGCGAAGCCUGCGACAUCCCAUACUGCAGGAACAACUGUGGCAGCCCAGACCAUGGUUACUGCGACCUCACAGGGGAGAAGCUGUGUGUGUGCAACGACAGCUGGCAGGGUCCAGACUGCUCUCUGACAGUGCCCUCUACCGAGUCAUAUUGGGUUAUGCCUACAGUGAAGCCUUUCGGGACAUCUUUAGGCAGGGCUUCUCAUAAGGCAGUGGUGCAGGAAAAGGUCAUGUGGGUUGUCGGUGGCUACACAUUUAACUAUAGCAACUUCCAGAUGAUUCUAAAUUACAAUCUGGACAGUGGCACCUGGAACGCAGUGACCAGCAGUAGUGGCCCUGUUUCGAGAUAUGGACACUCCCUCACACUCUAUCAGGACGACAUCUACAUGUUUGGCGGGAAACAGGAGACGGGUUCGGGCAACGUAACGGAUGAGCUGUGGGUUUUUAACAUCCCAAGCAAGUCUUGGUGGCGGCGUGUUCCCAGCACGCCAGCCCAUGGGCAGGUCUACGCCGUGGAGGGCCAUUCGGCACAUGUGGCUGAGCUAGAUGCCGGGGAAGCGGUGAUGGUCAUCAUCUUCGGCUACUCCUCCAUAUACAGUUACAUGAGCAACGUGCAGGAGUACAAUAUCAGAACAAACACAUGGCUGAUUCCUGAGACCAAAGGAGCCACAGUGCAGGGAGGCUAUGGCCACAGCAGCGUGUAUGACCGUGGCAGCAAGAGUGUCUAUGUCCACGGAGGCUACAAGUCUCUGCCUGCUAACAAGUACAGCCUGGUGGAUGACCUGUACCGGUAUGACGUACACACUCGCACUUGGACUAUCCUGAGGGAGAGCGGUUACCCACGCUACCUCCACUCUGCCGUGCUGCUGGACGGUACUCUGCUCAUUUUCGGGGGAAACACUCAUAAUGACACGUCGCUUAGCAAUGGCGCAAAGUGCUUCUCUGCCGACUUCCUGGCCUAUGACAUUGCGUGUGAUGAGUGGAAGGUCCUACCCAGGCCAAACCUGCACAGAGAUGUUAAUCGCUUUGGACAUACUGCUGUCACCAGCAAUGGGUCCAUGUAUGUGUUUGGAGGUUUCUCCAGCGUGCUUCUGAACGACGUGCUGAUCUACAGGCCACCCAGCUGCCAGGCCUUCCAGGGUCAGGAGCGGUGUGAGGUGGCAGGGCCCGGCGUGCGCUGCGUGUGGAGGCGCGCACGCUGCGUCUCCUGGGAGCCCAGCUUCUCUAGUGGCGUCGUACCUGCUGCCUUCUGCCCGGCCAAGCCUGCUCCCGUGGAUGAGAGGUGCCACCGCUUCUCCGACUGUACCAGCUGCACCGCUAACACUAAUGGCUGCCAAUGGUGUGAUGACAAGAAGUGCAUUUCGGCCCUCAGCAACUGCACUGCUAGUGUGAGGAACUUCACUAAGUGCUCCAUUCGAAAUGAGCAGAUCUGCAGCAAGCUGGCCAACUGCAAGAGCUGCUCUUUAAACCUCAACUGCCAGUGGGAUCACCAGCAGCAUGAAUGCCAUGCCCUCCCUGCCAAGCUGUGCGGGGAAGGCUGGAGCCAUGUGGGCGAGGCCUGCCUGCGAAUCAACUCCAGCCGAGAAAGCUAUGACAACGCCAGGCAUUACUGCAAGAACCUGGGUGGCAUCAUUGCAUCCCUCUCCACCGCCAAGCAGGUGGAUUUCAUACUGGGAGAGCUGCAGAAGUACCAGCAGCAGGAGAAGAAGCUUUCCCCAUGGGUGGGCCUGAGGAAGAUUAACGUGUCCUACUGGGGCUGGGAGGACAACUCCCCCUUCACCAACACGUCCCUGCAGUGGCUGCCUGGAGAGCCCAAUGACUCAGGCUUCUGUGCUUACCUGGAAAAGGCUCAGGUCUCAGGCCUGAGGGCCAACCCCUGCAAUGCCAACACCGAUGGCCUCAUCUGCGAGAAAGCAGUUGAGAGCCGUAACGCCCGGCCAUGCAAGACGCCGUGCUCACUGCACACUACCUGCGAGAACUGUACAAGCCAGGCCAACGAGUGCAUGUGGUGUGGCAGCACCAAGCGUUGCGUGGACUCCAAUGCCUACGUCAUCUCCUUCCCCUACGGCCAGUGCCUAGAGUGGCAGACCAACGAGUGUGUGUCACAGAAUUGCUCUGGUUUGCGGACGUGUGGUCAAUGUUUGGACCAGCCAGACUGUGGCUGGUGUGGGGAUCCCAGCAACACAGGCCGAGGGCAGUGUGUGGAGGGCUCCUACCGUGGGCCCAUGAAGAACUUGCUGAAAAACAGCCAGGACAUGGUGCUGGACACUACCCUCUGCCCUAAGGAGAGGGGCUAUGAGUGGGCUUUCAUCCAGUGCCCUGCAUGCCAGUGCAAUGGUCACAGCACAUGUGUAAAUGGGAGUGUGUGUGAGCAGUGCCGUAACCUCACCACAGGCCUGCACUGCGAGACCUGCAUGCCUGGUUAUCACGGAGACCCUACCAAUGGAGGGAAGUGCCAAGCUUGUAAGUGCAAUGGACAUGCCAGCAUGUGCCAGGUGCUGACUGGGAAGUGUCACUGCACCACCAAGGGCAUCAAAGGAGACCAGUGUAACCUAUGUGAUUCUGAGAAUCGUUACCUUGGCAACCCUCUGCGGGGAACUUGUUACUACAACCUGCUGAUUGAUUACCAGUUCACCUUCAGUCUGCUUCAAGAGGAUGACCAUUACUACACUGCCAUUAACUUCAUGGCAACUCCUGAGCAGACCAACAAAAAUUUGGACAUGUCUAUAAAUGCAUCAAAUAACUUCAACCUCAAUGUCACUUGGUCUAUUGGAUCAACAGCGGGCACCAUCUCUGGAGAAGAAGUCCCCAUUGUGUCCAAGACCAACAUCAAAGAGCACAGGGACAGCUUCUCCUGUGAGAAGUUCAGCUUUCGCAGUAAUCCCAACAUCACCUUCUAUGUCUAUGUCAGCAACUUCUCCUGGCCAAUUAAAAUACAGAUUGCCUUCUCUCAGCACAACAGCAUCAUGGACCUGGUGCAGUUUUUUGUGACAUUUUUCAGCUGUUUUUUGUCUUUGCUGCUGGUGGCUGCAGUGGUGUGGAAGAUCAAACAGACCUGCUGGGCCUCGAGGCGACGGGAGCAAUUGAUGAGGGAAAGACAACAAAUGGCGAGCCGCCCCUUUGCAUCAGUUGCUAUGGCGUUGGACACAGGAAGUGAGCAGGUGGAGCUGCUGCAGGGAGGAAUCGAGGGUCCCCCAAAACCAGUUGCCCUGGAGCCCUGUUCAGGGGGCAAGGCUGCGGUGCUGACCGUGCUAAUCUGCCUCCCGCGCGGACCAUCGGGUGUUCCGCCUCCUGGCCAGUCAGGCAUUGCCAUCGCCAGUGCGCUGAUUGACACCUCCCAGCAGAAGCCCCUGGACUUCAAAGAGAAGAGUCAGGGCAUGAAAAACCGCAAAGCUCUGCCCAUGACUCACCAGGGUACAUGUGUGUGAGGAGAAUGAGGCCUUGGCGGCUGCCCUCGUUGCCAGGGCUCUCCUCCACUGGAGCGUCCUGCUCUUCUCCACCAUUACAGGCCACGCUUCCACAGAGAGGCCCCUAGCCAUGGGGUUGAAUUAGGUGGCAGAGUGCUCCACCCCCUCCCCGACACAUCCACACCGUCACACUGGGUCCCACACUCCUCGCCCCUGUCAGCACCUGAGCCUCACCUUUUCUCCCCAUGCUACCUCUGCCCUUCACUGAUGUCUGACUGCUCUCGUCUGCAUGUUCGCUGCAGGCUUCCUUCAUCUAAGCCUGAAGUUCUUUCCAUCGUCACCAGCCCCUGAGCCCCAUCUGCGCUCAUUUUAGCUUCUUCCGUGACUUCUUGACUGCACUCAGCAGACCCUGUCUAGCUGCAUGGUAACCACCACCAGCUCUCGAGCUUUGUUGAACUGCGGUCAGCCGGAGGGCCUGGCCGGCUGACAGCUCCCAUUCGCAGCCUCAGAAACCAGCCAGGUUCUGACAUGCUGCUGACCUGCUUUGUACUUUAUCCAUGAACAAAUUUGUCCCCAUACUGGGGCAUCGGAGCAGAGGAAGUGUAUAAUACAUGUUAAAUUAUGGACUAUUGAUGAUAUUGUAUAUUGGUCUAAAAUUCACUUGUUUGCUUGCCAAGUAGACAGUCUGUGUUUGCUAAAGAGCUUUUUAAUCACAUUGAAAUGCAUUUAUACUCUUAGGGACCUUUUAUUUAAAAUCCAACAAAGAGAAAGUCUGCCAUACCUAGCACAGCAAAGCUAUUAGGUUUGUGUAAGCUAAUGAUGUUCUACUGCUGGUCUUCUAAGAUUUCGAAGAAACAAAACACUUCGUUCAAUUAAAAAAAAAAGUUAUUUGCUAGCUAAGUUUUCAAGUUUCAUUUGUCAGCUAUUCUGGCAGAGCUUUUGCAUGAAUUGCACACUCAGUGCUUUAAAACGGUUUGCAAGUUGUCACAAAAAGAUUCUUUAUACAGUUUGGUACAAGAGAAUGGUGUGGAGAGUACAGCCAUUCCUACUGUGCCAGAAGUAGCUAUGGAGCAUUAAACUCUGGUAAAGAGGGCUAUGCAGGAAACUCCAAGAACUGGAAAAUUAGAUGUCAAAAAUUGGUCACAAAACCAAUUCCAAUGAGCUGGUGAACCCUAAAUGAUGAAACUGGAAAAUAUUAGAAAGGUAUGUAAGGCAGGAACUCGUUGUGUUUGCUGUAUAGUACUCUUGUUAUAUAACACUAGGAUUAGGAAACUAGAAAAGCUUCUGUUGUUACUGGUAUAUAUAAUUUCUUUUUCUUUGUUUUACUUUUCUGGAAUGGCCUGGUACUGUUUCAGAUGAGAGUUGAGUUGUUUAAUAACUUUGCCGUAAAAGUUCAUAAUGGUAUGUAAUGGCUUUUUGGACUCUUAAGUUUCACAUAUUGUGAAUGGAGAAGAUGGCCUUUGGAUGAGGGCGCCGUUCUCCCUCUCCCCGGUGUCUGCACAGCACUGAACCUCCUGCUCAUGCAGCAAGCACCCUUUGAUACCAGGCAUGAGACAGCCCGCCCAAAGCUGUGUGAAGGCCAGAAUGUGGCGGGGAUCGGAGGGAGGCUGACUGAACUGCUUUAUGGCCAGGAUGGCGUACAGCACUCUUCCCCUCAUGCGUUAGUGUUGCAAGGAUCUGAACAUGUGGGUCGAAUGUGAAUCGCUUCUUCUACAUCUAUCUAUUUUAAUGUUCUCAUUUAUUAUUGUUUUUUGUUAUUCUUUUAUUUGCUGGUAAAAAUAUAUUAAAAGGGCACAUUUAUGUAGGGCCCAUCCUCUGUAUAAUACCCAAGGUGAUGAUGCUGAUGAAGAUAAACCAUGUCUUUUACAAUGUUUGUGAAAACGAAAUAAAUGUUGUUUUGUUUUGUUUUGAUAACAGAUUCCUGUGUAAUACCUCAGUUGUAAUUGCUUAGUCAUUGGAGACUUGUAGCUCGCUUCAGAGACCCUUUUUUUCUUAAUGUGUACAGUUGCAGUUUGCUGCAGCUGGUUCUAUCAGACUUCUCUGGGCUUUUGUAGUUACUAUUUGCAAGUCACAUUUAGAUAUGAAUUACAUUUUGAUUCUGUUUUGUUUGAAAAGCACCUGUGAAUGAGAGUAGUUGUGUGCACUAGUACCAGUAUAUGGUCUUAUUAUGCAGGAAUUGCUCACUGUAACAUCAUAGAAAAUGAAAAGAAGCAUUCAUUCUUCAGUACAUAUCAUUAAUCUACAAUGUAUUUUAAAGAUGGACAGAAAAAUAAAAUACUUGAAUAUUU